CUAUAAAGAGCAGCCCUGCAGCGCCAUUCAAAGUACAGUGAACCAUUGUGCGUUUGUCAUCCAAAUAACAAAGCAACCAAGGCAAUCAAGAAGCGAUAGCCAUGGAUCUGGCAACGGGCGCCAUGGGCUCCCUGCUCCCCAAGUUGGCCGAGCUCCUCAAGGAGGAGUACAUGCUGCAGACGAGCAUCAAGAAAAAAGUCGACUCUCUCGAGAAGGAGAUGAAGAGCAUGCAGGCUGCCCUAUGCAAGGUGCGUGACGUGCCGCGAGACCAGCUCGACAUACAGGUCAAGCUCUGGGCAGGGGAGGUGAGAGAGCUAUCCUUUGACAUGGAGGAUGUCGUCGACAAGUUCCUGGUGCGUGUCCAUGAUGGCUCUGAGCUUGCAGCCAACUCAAAUAAGCUCGCACGGCUCAUCAAGAAUAUGGUCAGGUUGUUCACCAAGGGGAAGGCUCGCCGUGAGAUCGCCACUGCGAUCAAGAACAUCAAUAAGCAAGUCCAGGAGGUUGCUAACAGGCGUGGAAGAAACGCCGUCGACAAUAUUGUUUGCGGGCCUACAACAGUGACACCCGUCGAUCCUCGCCUUCGGGUUCUGUACACUGAAGUGACAGAGCUGGUUGGCAUUGUUGGAAAAAGGGAUCAAGAACUAAUGAAGUUGCUCUCAGAGGGAGACAUCCUGUCCAAGGAGAAGUUAAAAAUUGUCUCCGUUGUAGGAUUUGGAGGAUUGGGCAAGACUACUCUUGUCAAAACAGUUUAUGAUAAUAUCAAAGAAGAUUUUGAUUGCCGGGCUUUUGUUCCAGUGGGUAGAAAUGCUGAUGGGAAGAAAGUUCUCAUGGACAUCCUUGUUGAUCUUGGCAUGUGCGGAAGCAAUCUCACCCUGUGGAAUGAAAGACAGCUUAUCAACAAACUCAGGGAAAGUCUACAGAACAAGAGGUACCUCAUUGUAAUUGAUGAUAUAUGGGAUGAAAAACUAUGGGCCACUAUUAACUUGGCAUUCUCUAAGAGUAACACGUUUGGCAGUCGGUUGAUCACAACAACUCGUAUAGUGAGUGUAUCUAAAUUGUGUUGCUCCUCUAGUACUGAUUCAGUUUAUCAAAUGGAACCUCUUAGUGAUGAUGAUUCCAAAAGGCUCUUCUAUAAAAGGAUAUUUUCUGGCGAGAGUGGAUGUCCUCCUGAAUUUGAUGAAGUGUCCACAAAUAUAUUGAAGAAAUGUGGUGGAGUGCCACUAGCCAUCAUUACUAUAGCUAGUCUUUUGGCUAGUGAUCAAUGCAUAAAACCAGAGGAUGAAUGGCAUGUUUUGCUUAAGUCUAUUGGUCAUGGACUUACAGAGAACCCCAGUGUAGAGGAGAUGAUGAGGAUAAUAUCAUUUAGCUAUUAUGAUCUUCCUUCUCAUCUGAAGACAUGUUUAUUAUAUUUAAGCAUGUUCCCGGAAGAUCAAGAAAUUAAAAAGGAUGGGUUAAUAUGGAUGUGGAUUGCAGAAAGCUUUGUCGAGUCUGGAAAUGGAAGAAUUAGUCUCUUUGAGAUUGGAGAAACAUACUUCAAUGAGCUUGUGAACAAAAGCAUGAUCCAGCCGGUAUAUGAUAAAGAAAGCGUCAUAGGCACAAUAUGUGCUUGUCGUGUACAUGAUAUGGUGCUUGAUCUCAUUUGUUUGUUAUCAAGGGAAGAGAACUUCGUUACUAUAGUGAAUGGUGUUGGUGCUAUGUCUUCUCAGAGCAACGUCCACAGGCUUUCCCUCCAAAAUGUUAGCAAAGAAGAACAUGAAGCCACACCUCUGGAAUCUGGGCGUAUAUUACAAGUGAGGUCCAUUGCUACAUUUGAACCUGCUAUUCGUGUAAUGCCAUCUUUCUCGAGCUUUGAUGUUUUACGUGUAUUGGAUAUGACUAAAUGCCAUCUUGGCCCUAGUUGUCAUCUUAACCUUCGGGAAUUGGGGAGUUUAUUCCACCUAAGGUACCUAGGUCUAGCCAGUACAGGUAUUUCUAAGCUCCCAGAAGAAGUUGGAAAGUUGCAAUUUCUGCAGGUGCUGGAUUUGAGUAAUAAUUAUGAUAUACAAGAACUGCCAUCUACUAUUAGUAAGUUGGGAAGAUUGAUGUGCCUGCUUAUUAGCCAUUACUGCAAGAGAUUUCCAGAUGGAUUGGGAAACAUGUCCUCAAUGGAAGUGCUGCGUGACAUCAAUGGUGACACUCUAAGCAUUGUGAAAGAGCUGGGCAAGAUGAAAAGAUUGAGAAAGCUCGCAAUUAGGUUUGGUAAUUUGAGCUUGGAGUUGGAGGAAGCUUUUGUGAAGUCCCUGGGGGAAAUGGCCAACAUCCAAAGUGUAAGCAUUGGAUGUGAUUUUAAAUUUGUGGACAUCUUGGGGGAACAUUGGGUGCCCCCUCGAAGUCUCCGGGAAUUUACCACAUUCAGAGAUGUCAAGUUCUCCAUACUGCCUGCAUGGAUAAGAAAUAAUCCCUUGCAUCUUCCACAACUCUCUAACUUAAGCAUCUUCGUCGAGGAAGUGCAACAGGCUGAUCUGAGAUCCCUUGGAAAGUUACCGGCUCUUUGUAAUCUCGCCUUGUGGAGCCUCCGCCGAAGCAAGCUGCUAGUCAUCGGUGCCGAUGAGUUCCAUUGUCUGACAUCAUUCACGUCCUUUUCUGGUUCACCAGGCCAAGUCGUGUUCCAGCCAGGAGCUUUGCUGAAGAUUGAAGUAAUUGUCAUCGAUAUCGGCCUGCGGGUCACAAGAGAGGAAGUAGUUGGCAGUGUUGGAUAUUGUUUUGAUCUGAGCAUGGGGAACUUGCCAUCCCUUCGGGACGUCACUGUCAGAUUUGACCGUUCCGGAGUGACGGUCGGUGAGGCCAAGCAAGCGGAGGUUGCUCUAGGGAACACACUCCGCACCCAUCCUAACCGUCCCACCUUUGAAAUUUCCAUCAGGCCGAGCAUACCAGAAGACGCUCCUGACGGUGACGUCCACAUUGAGGAGGAGUGAAGAAUCUGCAGGUUGGCCGGCGUGUUCGAGACUCUUGUAUGUAAAACAUGCACAUUUGCGGACUGCAACACCGAUCAACACUUCAACACUCCUUCAUCAUUGAGCUUAUUUGCUGGCUUAAACAACAAAGAAAGAAAAAGGAAAUUUACGAAAAAUAAUGUAUUUUUAUAGUUCUGUUUGUGAUCAUUAGUAGGUCAACUUACUUGAAAACUAGUGAUACAUAUUACUAUGCACUUUUAUGUAGAUUAAUUAUUCAGUACUGAAUAGUUCUUAAAAUAACAUAUGCUAAUUUUUCCUACUUCUAAAGUAAAAAAAAAACAAGACCAACCCAGGCUAGACUAGCCCGUUGACAUUUUUUUAUAGAAGAAAAUUUCAUGAGCACCAAGCGCUUGAGUCGAGACUCAAACUCUGGUGAGCUGGCUGCAAACUCCCACGCCUUGUCAACUGGCUCAGUUCUCACUUCUACCGUGCCUCCGAUCUUUGCCGAUUCCUACGCUUGUCACGAGUGCUCGGCCUCUGCUGCUCGGUUCUGUGCCAUCAGCUCCGGCGAGGCAUGGCGCCAGCUAGCCGAUGGGUAGCAGAGCAACGUGCAGCGGUGGCGGCGCCAAGUCCACGGCAAGGCUGAACCCGACGGCGCCCAGGUGGAGCCGGGCAGGAAGCUCUCAUCUUUCGCACGUUAGGCUGCCAUGGUUGGACAGCUCACCACCGUCGACUACUUCUCCGGCAGCAGGGAAACGGAUGAGCUCCGCGGCCAUCAACGCCAACUGGAGCAGCGUGCUUGAUGUGCUCAUGUGUGCUGUGCAUGCUUGAUGUGCGUGUGUGUGGUCUGUGGGUGCUCGGCAGCAACGUGCAGCAGCAGGAAGCCAGCAGCAAGUUGCGGCGGCAGCGGACAACAGCAAGGGCCGGCGGCCGAGCAGGACGUCUCGGGAUUCCUCCUAGGUGAGCUGCCGCGCCUCAAGGUGUCCCUGGCUGCCCCUCUGCUCCUCGCCAGAGUUGAUGGCCACAGACCGAGCAGCAGAGGCCGAGCGCCGAGGUCGGGCUUCAUGCCGCGCCUUGAGCGGUCGUCCCUCGGGCCUCGAGCGUGCAGCCAGCGCACUGCUGAGGGUCAGUCGAUGUCGGCACUGCUCGCUCACGGAUCACCAUAGCUCAAGCGUGGAAGCUGCGACCCCUACGGCCCUACCUGUGUCUGUGUGCUCUGCUCGAUUGCUCGCCUAGACCGCGUGGAGGCUGCACCACCCGUCGCCACGCUCGGUCGCCGUCACCAAACCGCGUGGAGGGCGUAUUCCUUGCAGGCGUGUGUGCGCUUCAAGCACUUUUUAUCAUGCUGCUAUAUCUUACUACUGUACAAUAUUUUCCCAUGCUUGUAAGUACCGACUCUACUAAAAUCCAUACCUGAGCUAAGUGCUUCUUUAGUGUCCAAUCCAUCAUCAAGCAUGCCAUUGCCGGCAUCCACCAUUGAAAUUGGUGGUAUAAUAUUCACUGGUCUGUUUUCUCA